UUACGUGAUUUAAUUUUUCAUCUGUGUCCCGCCAAAAAUUAUUUGUUUUUUUUGUUCUGCUUGUGACGUUAAAUGAUUCCUAUCAUUCUAAUUUUUUUAAUGUCUUGGCUCAAAUCGCCUUAGAGUCAAAAUAAAAAAGCUUACUUAUCUAUUAUUUAUUGAUAUUUAUUGAUUACGUUAAGUGUUAACAAAGUAGUUGACGUAGUAUGUAUUCUUUGACAGAAUAAUGAGUAGUUUCAAAUUUUUGCAAUUGUGACCUAAAAAGUUUUCAUUAUUGACGUUGAUCGUUGAUUUACAUUAAAAACUUGACUUCAAUAAAACGGGUAAUAAUUUCACUUUAUUGAUAAAAUGUACGUACAAGUAAGAAUGAUGGACACUGGCGUGUCAGUCACUAUUCCCACCUCGAGAACAAUGGUUGUUAAAGAAUUUAAGAAACUUGUCGAAGAAAAAUUAAAAGUUAAACCAGAUUUGCAAAGAUUAUUUUUUGCGGGUAAACAGUUGGAUGACCAAUAUAGAUUGUUUGAUUACAAUAUUAAUAUAAAUGAUGUUAUUCAAUUGAUGAAGAAAGUAAUUAUUUCUGAUAGUAGCUUAGUAAAAAAGUCUACAACUAAAAUUAAUAAGACAAAAAAAGAAAAAGCUACUACCAGUUCAACUUCUGAUGUUAAGGAUGAAAUUAAUGAAGAUGCCUCUCAUUUAUCAAAAUAUUUUAAAAUUGGUGAUUAUGUUGAUAUUAAAGAUUAUCAUUAUGGUUCAUGGUUUUUAGCAAAGAUAACUAAAAUUAAAAAAGAUAGAUCACCAAAUGAUAAGCAUAGUGAUCCUAAAAGUCCAGUUCAAAAUGAUGGUUUGAUUUAUGUGGCAGAAAUAGAUGGCUGUCCUGAGGAGCUACCAACAGAAGUUCAAUUACAAGAAGUUCGACCAUAUGCUUAUAAAUAUUUGCCAUUUAGCGAGUUAAAACCUGGCGAUCGAGUUCUUAUGAAUUACAAUGUAGAAUAUCCUAAAGAACGAGGAUAUUGGUAUGAUGUAUUAAUUAAAGAAGUUAAAACUAAUAGAAGAGGUCGAGAAGUCAUUGGAGAUGUUUCUGUGGGACUAGAUAAUGCUAUUUUAAAUAACUGUCAUUUAAUGUUUCUUGAUGAUAUUUUUCAAUUAGAAAAAUAUAAAUUACUUUCUGAAAGAACUGUUGAAGAUAAUAAAAUAAUGCAAACUAAACCUACAACAGAAAGAGCAGGCGCAUUAUACUGUAUAAAGUGCAAGGACAAUGCUGAUAAAAUUUGUAUGGACUGUGGAUGCCGUGUUUGUGGUGGAAAAGAAAAUGAAGAUAAACAACUUAUGUGUGAUGAAUGUAAUCAUCCAUAUCAUAUGACUUGUCUUGAUCCACCAUUAAAAGAAUUGCCUCAAGAUGAUGAUUGGUAUUGUCCUUCGUGUAAAAAUGAUGAAAAUGAAAUUGUCAAAGCUGGUGACAAAUUAAAAAGUUCUAAAAAGAAAAAUACUCCUGCAUCUACAUCUACACGAGAUUGGGGUAAAGGAAUGGCUUGUGUUGGUAGAACAAAAAAGUGUAAUAUUGUGCCAUCAAACCAUUUUGGUCCCAUUCCUGGAGUAGAAGUUGGUACUUCAUGGUUAUUUCGAGUACAAGUAUCAGAAGCAGGAAUACAUCGACCUCCUGUUGGUGGAAUCCAUGGUCGUGAUAAUCAAGGUGCAUUUAGUAUUGUUUUAAGUGGUGGAUAUGAAGAUGAUGUUGAUAAUGGGGAUGAAUUUUUGUAUACUGGUUCAGGGGGACGAGACUUAUCUGGUAAUAAACGAACAGCUUUACAAAGCUGUGAUCAACAGUUGACUAGAUACAAUAGAGCUUUAGCACUUAAUUGUAAUGCUAAAAUUGACAACGAAAAAGGAGCUACAGCUGUUGAUUGGAAAAAAGGAAAGCCUGUUCGAGUUGUAAGGAAUUAUAAGCUUAGUAAACAUUCCAAAUAUGCUCCUGAAACUGGAAAUAGAUAUGAUGGUUUGUAUAAAGUAGUAAAGUAUUAUCCUGAAGCUGGAAUAUCAGGUUUUACAGUUUGGCGAUAUGUGUUGAGACGAGAUGAUCCUGCUCCUGCUCCAUGGACUGAAGCUGGAAAAAAACGCAUAGCUCAACUUGGUCUUAAAACAAUUCUUCCAGAAAAUUAUAUACCAGUUGUUAUUAAUGAAGCAAAAAAUAAGUUACCUGGGUCAAAGAGAAAAAGAUCUUUAAAAGAUAGUGAAGCAGAAGAGAAUGAACAAUUUGACAGUGUUUCUUUAAGUACACAAGAUAGUGAAGAUGAUAAAGAAUGCCCAGAAAAGAAAGUUAAAAUACAUUACGAACUUGAAAAAGAAGCUAGUAAACUAAUUGAUGCUGAUAAAUUGAAUAAGAAAUAUUGGGAUGAUUGCAAAGAAAUGAUGAUAAAAGGCAAAAAAGCUUUCCUGGAUAGAGUUGAAGAAACAUUUCUAUGUAUUUGCUGUCAAGAUAUUGUUUUUGAACCUAUUACAACUGAUUGCUCCCACAAUAUUUGUAAAGAAUGUUUGAAGAGAUCAUUUAAUGCUGAAGUAUACCAAUGCCCUUCAUGUAGGUCUGAACUGGGAAAGAGCUAUUCAAUGACCAUCAAUAGUAAUUUGGCUGAAAUAUUAUUAUAUUUAUUUCCAGGGUAUAGUACGGGUCGUUAAUAUAUUAAUUUUAGAUAAAAAUAAACACGAAUUACAUCUCUUAA